AUGCCAGUCCAUCCAUUAGCGAAAGUGUCCGGGUCACUAAUAUGACAUUAUUAGUCCAGGGGGUGCAAAGGGUGGGGGACACCGGGGCGCCAAAUUCUGGACUGUAUACCAGUCCAUCUCGAUCUGCAACAGUGAAAAGCAAUGUAGUGAAAGUCCCUGCCCCCCCUCCAUCACUCUGUGUAGUGGUUAAGAGCAGUGGACUCGUAAUCUGGUGAACUGGGUUUGCUUCCCCGCUACUCCACAUGCAGCUGCUGGGUGACCUUGGGCUAGUCACACUAUUGGAGCUGUAUCUUCCUGGCAGCAGACAACAGAACUGUGAGACAGGUGUAAAAUACUCAAGCAAGUGUUUUAUUUACAACCUUACAAACACAAAACAUGUGGGUGUUCUCUUUUGCAGGCAAAUUCGAACUGUAACUUCUCCUUUUGUACUCAUCACCAGCUGUACCUAAUCAGCCUAGAAAACCACACCCAGAACUCACAGAAACAGUUCUUAAAGUUACAGUCAUCUUUUCUGUUUCUUUGCAGAAUGACUCCUAACACACACUUCUCUGAAGUCUCUCAGCUUCACUCACGGGAAAGUAGAUUGUUAGCUGCUUUGAGACUCCUUAGCGUCAAAUAUUUCCCAAUAAGUCAGGAAACAAAAGAAUUUUCUUCCACUGCAUCGUUGUUACAGGUGAGUGAUUUCCCCCCUAAAAAAAGGUCAUUAAAUUUGGCUCCCCCCCCCCAAAAAAAGUUCAGGGCAGCAGUUGAAGAAGGAGCAAAAAGGGUUUUCUUUUGUGUGUGUGUGUGUGUGUGUGUGUGUGUGUUUCUUUGUGGCUGAUUAGCUGCUCUCCCUGUGCAAAGGUCAGAGGGGGCAGGGUUUCUGAUGAGGCAGGUGAUUAGCUGUGGGAGGAGCUUAUCAGAGCUUGCAGGGCAGCGGCGUGCAGUUUGAUCCAUCUUUUAGAUUUAGGGGAGCUAGUCUCAAACGUUUGUUGGGGGAGACCUAGGUUUUUUUUGUGGGGGGAGUUAUUUGUCCUGUCUUCACGCUUUUUAUGAUGGAGGACUGCUGCAGCCACCCCCAACGACACGUUCUCAAGAUGGAGGGGGAGGGAACAGCUGCAGUCGCCUGCAGUUCCUGCGCAAUGUUUGUCAUCUUGCCAAAGGUUGCAGGCAGCUUUACCUGCAGCAAUUGCAUGUUGAUUGCCCUCUUAAAAGACAAAGUCCAGCAACUGGAGGAACGUGUAGCUACACUCCAAAGAAUUAGAGAGCUGGAGCUCUUCUUGGAAGCAACAGAGCACACCGUCUCCACCAAGGAGGUGACAGGGGACUCCCCUGAGAAGGAGGCUAGUUCACCAACACAGGAGCCAGAUAUAUGGAGAAACGUGACUCAAAGACGUAGGAGGCCCAGGGUUCGCUCUGAUUGUUUAGAAAUACACAAUCGCUUUGAGGUCCUCUCCCCUAGCAUGGAAGACGAAGAGCAGACUCCAUUUGAGGAUCUCUCCCUCAUUACAGUCGAUCAGGUAUAUGAAGACGAGCAGCAAAGUCAGUCCUCAGGGAAUGUGCAGGCGACCUUGGAACGGACAGCUCACGGAAGAACCCCGCCCAAAGCUAAGAGGAGGCGUGUAGUGGUGAUAGGGGAUUCCCUACUGAGGGGAACAGAAGCAGUCAUCUGUGGGCCUGACAAGAUGUCUCGGGAAGUGUGCUGUCUCCCCGGGGCUAAGAUCUAAGAUGUAAUGGAAAUGGAGCAAACAGCACGCAGACCUAGUGGUGGGAGGAAAAAAUCCUUAAAUAAGAGACACGGGGGAAUGAUUAAUGGACUUCAAUGUCUGUACACUAAUGCGCAAAGCACGGGAAAUAAACAAGAGCUCUUGGUACAGCAAACUGAAGCAAUUAAAUGCACAUAAUAGGCAUUCAUCUGUAAACCCAGUUGGAUAAUGUGGCCCACGGAUUGAGAAUGUAAAAUAGUGGAGGGAUACAGCUGAUUUCAAAUGAUGUAAACAGGACGGCUUAGACUAAGAACACGGAGUGCAGGAGAUGGACGUUAUAUGUCAGGCGAUGGGCUGCACCUCACCUGUUGAAGAGAUCCAAUGAUUUGCAGAACCUCAGAAGCCUCAUAAGUGAGAGCAUUUAGGCUCAAUAAUGUAGGGAGAGAGAGUAACAGUGACCUCAUUGUAGGAGUUACUAUAGAUCCCUAAGCCUAACGGAGGACAUAGAUGAUGCCUUCCUGGAACAGAUGGCCAAGCAUGCAAAUGGAAGGGAGACAGUAGUAAUGGGGACUUCAAUUACCCGGAUAUUUGUUGGAUGUCAAACUCAGCCAAGAGCAUAAGGUCAAACAGAUUCCUCACUGGCCUUGCAGACAACUUCAUUGUCCAGAAAGUGGGAGAAGCAACAAGAGGAACAGCCAUUUUAGACCUGGUCCUAACCAAUGUUGAUGACCUGGUUAGUGGGGUAGAAGUGGAAGGAUCAUUAGGCGCGAGUGAUCAUGCUCUUCUGAAGUUUACUAUACAGCGGAAAGGAGCAGCCAAGCAUACUAGGACUCAAUUUCUUGACUUUAAGAAAGCCGACUUCAUAAAACUUAGGGAAGUGCUGGGUGAGAUCCCAUGGACAAUAAUACUAAAGAGAAAGGGAGUUCAUGAUGGCUGGGAGUUUGUUAAGAGGGAGAGAGUAACAGCACAACGUCAGGCAAUACCAAUGAGACGGAAACAUGGAAGGUGCCUAAAGAAGCCAGGGUGGCUAUCUAAAGAACUUUUAACUGAGUUAAGAUUAAAAAAGGAUGUGUACAAAAAAUGGAAAAGGGGGGAAACCGCCAAAGAGGAAUUCAAACAAAUAGCCAGCACGUGUAGACACAAAGUCAGAAAAGCUAAAGCACAGAAUGAACUCAGGCUUGCUAGAGAGGUUAAAAGCAAAAAAAAAAAAGGCUUUUAUGGGUAUGUUCAUAGCAAAAGGAAGAACAAAGAAACAGUGGGGUCACUCAGAGGAGAAGAUGGUGAAAUGCAAACAGGGGACACAGAAAGGGCUGAACUCCUCAUUGCCUUCAAAACGACCUUGACAGAUUAGAGAACUGGGCCAAAACAAACAAGAUGAAUUUUAACAGGGAGAAAUGUAAAGUAUUGCACUUGGGCAAAAAAAAUAAGAGGCACAAAUACAAGAUGGGUGACACCUGGCUUGAGAGCAGUACAUGUGAAAAGGAUCUAGGAGUCUUGGUUGACCACAAACUGGACAUGAGCCAACAGUGUGACGUGGCAGCUAAAAAGCCAAUGCAAUUCUGGGCCUCAUCAAUAGGAGUAUAGCAUCUAGAUCAAGGAAAGUAAUAGUGCCACUGUAUUCUGCUCUGGUCAGACCUCACCUGGAGUACUGUGUCCAGUUCUGGGCACCACAGUUCAAGAAGGACACUGACAAACUGGAAUGUGUCCAGAGGAGGGCAACCAAAAUGGUCAAAGGCCUGGAAACGAUGCCUUAUGAGGAACGGCUAAGGGAGCUGGGCAUGUUUAGCCUGGAGAAGAGGAGGUUAAGGGGUGAUAUGAUAGCCAUGUUCAAAUAUAUAAAAGGAUGUUACAUAGAGGAGGGAGAAAGGUUGUUUUCUGCUGCUCCAGAGAAGCGGACACGGAGCAAUGGAUCCAAACUCCAAGAAAGAAGAUUCCACCUAAACAUUAGGAAGAACUUCCUGACAGUAAGAGCUGUUCGACAGUGGAAUUUGCUGCCAAGGAGUGUGGUGGAGUCUCCUUCUUUGGAGGUCUUUAAGCAGAGGCUUGACAACCAUAUGUCAGGAGUGCUCUGAUGGUGUUUCCUGCUUGGCAGGGGGUUGGACUCGAUGGCCCUUGUGGUCUCUUCCAACUCUAUGAUUCUAUGAUUCUAUGAUUCUAUGAUUCUAUGAUUCUAUUCUAUGACGAGCCCUAAUAGGUUCGCCACCCGAGCCGGGGAGGAGCGGGAAGUCAAUCUUGGGUUUCAGAGUGUAGUGAUCAGACCAUGGCACUUCCACAGCGGGGAGCAUGAUCACAUCUAUGCCUGCCCCAAAGAUCAGAUCCAGCGUGUGGCCUGCUUGAUGAGUGGGGCCCGAAACAAACUGGGAGAGCCCUAGUGUUGCCAUGGAAGUCACUAGGUCCAGAGCCUGUGAGGAGGGAACAGCAUCGGCAUGGACGUUGAAGUCUCCCAAAACCAGUAGGUUUGGGAACUCCAAGGCCCAGCCCGCCACCACCUCCAGGAGGUCUGACAGGGUGGCUGCAGGUGUGCUGGGUGGUUGGUACACCAGCCAGACAGCCAAGCUCUCCUUGGUGCCCCACACGAGACCAACACAUUCAAUGCCGGAGAUCGCCGGUGAUGGCAGAUCUCUGAAAGAGCAAUCCUCCCGGAAUAACAACGCUACUCCUCCCCCCCGACCCACAGUCCGCGAUUGAUGGAGGACAGAGUAACCUGGGGGUGUUUUCUCAUGUAGGGAGACUACUUCGCCUUCCCGUAUCCUUGCAGGCAGCGCUGACCCAGGGCACCAGCAUAGGUCAGCCAAGGGUGAACACCUGAAUAAGCGGAAAGCCGGGAACAGGCUAACUCCGCUACCCAAAUGUCCCCCUGGACUCAGGCACGUGCACAACCCCCUCUCAGGGGUUGACCAAACCAGCUGAGUCCCUGGAUUCCUUUAACAGAAUACCCUUCACAUAGGGAUGGCGAGAGCGUUCUCCCAUCCCUGUCACAUGAACUAGUGCCCAUCCGCAACCUUACAAAUUGUGAUGAUUUGCUACGCAGCAGGUGAAACCCAAAUGGCAACAGCCAAGCAGCCAAGUGGGGAAAUUCCUGCCAUGCCCCUGUCCCAAGGACAGACUACACACGACGGCAUAGUAAGGUCAAUUGCAAAAUGCCCUAAAAGUAGGGAGAGGUGGAUGGUUAUUCUGAAUGUACGAGCCGAAAGAGGAAGCUCUGGGUCACAUGCAUGGGUAUAUAUAGGUCCCUCGAUCGGUUUAGACUGCGCCCCAUUGGCCACAUUGAACCCAACAUUGAGGGACCUAUCAAUCGGGUGUUGUGGUUAACCAAUUAACCCACCCACAACACAGGGAGUCAGUCUCCAGGUCUCACUGCAACACAUGCCCUCUCUUAGGGAGGACACAAUUAAUUAAAGAGUGUGGCCUGCAGUUCGUCAACUUUGCACUUAUUAAUCAUACCACCCAGCAAUGAAGUGUUGCAUGACAGUGUAACACGUGACAUGUGUAAGGUGGGGGUGGGGAGAGAGGCUUGGCCACACCCAAUAUACACCGUCUGGGAAAAUGGGUUACUAUGGAACUCCAGAUGAAAGAUCUGCACAUCUGUCUAUUUCCAGCACAUAUUAGAACAAGAAUUCUCAAAAUACUAUUUAAAUACUAUUUAAAAUAGUAAUGCAAUAAUAUUCAUUUUUUCUGUCAAAAUGCAAACUGAAAUGUCUGCUUUUAUAUUCUGAGAACUGCAUUGCCAUAUUGCAAAAUUGGGUGGGCAGCUAAAUUCUUAUUUCCACAUUAGUCCAAGAGGUAUAGACUUUGUCCACAUCCUGAGGCAAGGCCCUUCCAAGGUGAGGCAUCCCUGCCCUGGGUGCCAUCUGCCCCAAAUAUAACCUCUGCCUCCCACCAAGCUCUUAGGAGAUAUUCUGAGGUGUUUUGCUUUUUUAGCCCACUGCAAUCUAAGCAAGAGAGCCCAUCUCCAAAAUGAUGUGAUUGGAGAGUGUGGGGAAAAGCAGAAAGUGGUGGCCGUUUUAGUUUCACAAUAAAAAUUAGCAGGAUGACUGAAACAUCUGUUUUCCAAAUACUACUUCAGAUUUGGGGUCCCAGGCAAGCCCCCCUCAAAGCAAUCCCAAGCGAAUGGGCCCCCAAAUAGAGCCCUAACAGGGCUGAAGCAGGUCCUGAGGUGAAUCGGGGCAGGUGGGCCUCACAGCCAUAGUACAGACCAGGUCAUUUUGUUUCAGAAUUCAUAAAGAUCAAAAUCCUCAAAAUUCCUCCUCCAGAUACGUUUGGAUAACAUUGAUUAUCUGGGUCCAUUUCAGAUGGGUUUUCAUCCUGGUUCUGGCACUAAAAUGGUGGUGGUUGUUUACAUUUUUAUUCACCCGAGACCUGUUAGUUUCUAAGCUUUUAUUAAUCAAGCGUUUAUAGUUUGGUGCUGCUCCUAUUUCAUUAUUAUAUGAUUGAUUAUUGUUGUUUCACUAUCUAAAAUUUAUCUUAGUUGCUCUGAGUCACUUUGCCUGAGGAGUGGGAUAUUAAAUUCCCCAAACAAAUGACUGAAUAUAAUAACCUAUGUGCCUGGAAGCAAAGCAAACAUUCCUGGUAACAUCUGCGGCUUUUUUUAAAAAAAGUAUGGUCACAGUCAAUGAAAUGUAAUACAAUUCUGAAUAAUUCUGAUUGUGAGACAGAAUAUUCCACAGAACCUCUUGAGUGAUUGAUGGGGAAGUAAGAUACAGUGGUGCCUCGCAAGACGAAAUUAAUUCGUUCUGUGAGUUUUUUCGUCUUGCGAAUUUUUCGUCUUGCGAAGCACGGUUUCCCAUAGGAAUGCAUUGAAAAUCAAUUAAUGUGUUCAUAUGGUCAAAAAAAGUCCAAACCAAGCCAAAUUUGGUACAAAAAGAGUUUAUUAAGUGCUUGCUCUUUAAAGUCACACAUACUGUAAAGAGCAUUUCAAAAAUUGAAGGAACAAUAAUUUAAGUUUCUAAACAUGACAGAAAAGCAUUUAAAAAUCACCAAAGUGUACUGUACAUACAUUUUCUAAGACUCUGGGGGACAACUCGAAGAAGGUUCCUCUUCCACUCUUUGCUUCUUGCUGAAGAACCUGUCCAUGGUCUGCUGCUUCAUCCGCCUUUUCAGCACCUCCCUGAAAGACGACAUGACCCUUGUAUCAAAAGUGUUCGCAAGGUCACGUGUCAGGUCCUUGUCAGGGUGGUGCCGCUGUCAAAAGCCUGCACAUCUUUCCACUUCUGGCAAAUGUCCCUCAGUUCUUUGGAGGACAGCCGUUCCUCAGUUGCUUCCUCCUCUUCCAGCGAGGCCUGCUCCUGCGCAGCCUCUGCCUGCAGUUCGACCAGCUCCUGGGUGGUCAGCUCAUGGUCGUGCUCCUCCCCCAGCUCGCUGAUGUCCUCCUCUGUGACCUCCAGGCCCAUGGUCCUCCCCAAGGUAACAAUAUCCUGCACCACUGUUUACUCUGGUGCAUCAGAGUCACUUGGUGCCACACAGUCCGGCCACAGGCUGCGCCAAGUGAAAUUCAAAUUUCUCUGGCUGAUCCCGUCCAGCCAGAAGACCUGCUGUGGAACGUAGCCCUCCAUUGUCACAACCUCCAGGAACUCCGCUGCAAAGUCUUCAGCCGCAGGAACAUCAGAACUGGCAGCCUCUCCAUGCCUGACCAUGCUGUGGAUUCCAGAUCUCGUCUUGAACCGGUCAAACCAGCCUCUGCUUGCCUUGAAGACUUCUGGCUCGCCUGAGGUUCCUGGCUGUUGCUGGACGAGGUCUGCGUGCAAGGCCUUGGCCUUCUCACAAAUGACGGCCUCAGUCACUGUGUCUCCUGCACGCUGCUUCUCUUCUAACCAGAUGAGCAGCAACUUCUCCACCUCCUCCAGAAUAGCUGGGCGGUUCUUCACGAUCCUGGUGACUCCCUUGGCUACAUCAGUCGCAAGGAUCUUCUCCCUCAUCUUCAGGAAUGGUCCCGAUGUUCGAUGGAUUCCUCCCGUACUCCCUGGCGAGGUCUGUCACACGCAUUCCACCGUCGUGCUUCCGGAUGAUCUCCUUCUUCAUUUCCAGCGUAACCUUCUCCUUCUUCCCCUCGCCAGCCUCUGCAGCAGCAGUCUUCUUGGGCCCCAUGGCAGCACAGCUCCUACCUUCGCAACCCCCCCCCCAAAAAAUCUGCUUCACAUCCAAAAAAUUCAAAAGCACCAAACCUCCCAGAAAACACACAAGCUUCCAGAUUCUUGCAAACCCCUCCCCAACACCAAGUCCUUGAAUUCCAAACACCCCAACCCAAAAUCCAAAAACCCCCAAAAAAGUUUUAAAAGUUUAACUUACCAAAUGGCUGCAAAAGAAUUUUUGGAAAAGCUUCAAAAAUCACCAAAGUCUUCAAAAACCUCAAAAAAGGCUACCACACCGCGUUCUAUGAGUUGCUCCUCGAAGUCAAGUCGCAACUGUAUUAACGGUGUUAAGAAAAAGGAAACAAACUUGCAAGACGUUUCCGUCUUGCGAAGCAAGCCCAUAGGGAAAAUCGUCUUGCGAAGCAGCUCAAAAAACAAAAAACCCUUUCGUCUAGCGAGUUUUUUGUCUUGCGAGGCAUUCGUCUUGCGAGGUACCACUGUAUUUAUUUUAUAUGCCUGUUGUGUGUAUGUGUUUCUGUGUCUGUGUGUGGGAGAGAGAGAGAGAGAGAAUUCAAUAUUAUGAGCCCCCAUCUGCAGUCUGAAACUAUUGAUUCUAGGCACAGGUUUACCACUGCAAGUAAGGCUUUAGUCCUCACCUGCAAGAAUAUGUUCAAGGCAUUUCUUCAUAAAUACAGUGCAGUUCCAGCAUAUUGCUGCAUCUUUGCUAUAGAUAGCCCUGCAGCACAGCAUAAAUCAAUAUUUAGAGUCCUCUGAAAUAUAUGCAUUUUGAUGGAUUUUUAAAAGUCAAGAACUUUAAUGAGGCAUUCAGGAAGUACAAAAGCUAGUAGGAAACCACAUUCCAUUCACAAAUUAGUCCAAGAGCUGCAAAUACGAGAAAUUCAUAUUGGAAUUCAGAAAGGCUGAGUUUCUUAAGCAUCCUUAGUUACAAAAGGACUGUAAGCCACAUUUUUAAUGGCAAAAUGGGUUUCCCUUAUGCAGGUUGUACUGAUUAUGUUGGUAACUUUGUGCCAUUACAGCUACAUAUUUUUUGUUAAGGGUUGUGGAAUAAUUCAGCAAAAUGAUCAUAGGCAAUCAUGUAAUUUAUGUCCCACCAAAUACAAAAAUCUAAUAAAUGGAAAAGUAUCCACAUAAAUUUUAAAUAGGAAUAUAAUUGUACCACAUGUUAACCAGAUAUUGCUCAGUUGGUAAAACUGCUCUUGAAAGGUUUUUGUAAAAAAUAAAUAAAGAGGUUUUGUUUAUCUGCUUUUUUACAGUGACCUGGAACUUCAAACAAAUAUUGAAUCAAUGCAAUCUUUGCAUGCAUCUCUAUUGAUCACAUUAAUACUGUGUCAUGGACAGGAUCUAAUAACAGAAAAGUGUUUGGGUGUGAACGGCAAUAUAUGGAUUUCUCAUUUAGAUUAUUCUCAAUAGGACAAAGACAAAGCAAUUCAGUUUCUGAUUCCAGCUGAAUUAGAAAACAGCUAUUACUUUCAAGAUGCUUUGUAGCUGCACAUUUGAAAAGCCGUAAUGGUAAGACAGGUCUGUACUCUUACUUUCUAAAUAUAUUUGUAAUAAUGAAGCCUUUGAAGUUGCUGGCUGAGUUUCUCCAAUAGGAUGGAGUUUUCAUGAAUUUUCAAUUAGUGGAGAGAAGACAGUUAAGUUAUUUAAAGGAUUUGUAUGUUGCCUUUUAGGGGAACCUCAGGCCUAG